ACACACACACACACACACACACACACAAACAUGGCGGCCUCUGUUUCACCGCUACGCUCCUCCUUCAGGAUUUGUAGCCCGUUAACGUUACACCAUCACUGCUGCCGGGCCAAACUGCGGAUGCACAGAAAAUGCGAGAGUCAAAAGAGACAUCUACACGAGUCUGCGACGAGGCAUGCCGCUGUGGUGAUUUCCGGAACAGAGUUAGCUCGUCAGCUCCACAGAGAAAUCCAGCGUGAUGUGGAAGAGCUGGUAGCUCAGGGCAACAUGAGACCACACCUAGGUGUGGUCUUAGUGGGUGACGACCCAGCCAGUCACACCUACGUUAAGAACAAGACCCGCGCAGCCAGCAUCCUGGGUAUUUCCAGUGAUACAGUGGUGCGGCCCAGCACAGUGUCUCAGGAGGAGCUGCUAGAGCUGAUUGACAAGAUGAACCGUGACUGGAGGGUCAGUGGCUUAUUGGUGCAGCUCCCACUUCCAGAGCACAUAAAUGAGAGAGCAGUAUGCAACGCCAUCGCUCCAGAGAAGGAUGUGGAUGGCUUCCAUAUUGUGAACAUCGGUAAGCUGUGCCUGGACCAGAGAUCCAUGGUGCCAGCCACUCCUGCAGCUGUCUGGGAGAUCAUCAAAAGAGCAGGUAUUGAGACUGUGGGGAAGAAUGUCCUUGUUGCUGGUCGCUCCAAAAAUGUUGGAAUGCCCAUUGCAAUGUUGCUGCAUACUGAUCGCCAUCAUGAGCGUCCUGGGGGUGAUGCCACAGUGACCAUUACCCACAGAUGUACUCCAAAGGAAAGGCUCAAAGAGCUAACCUGCCUGGCUGACAUCAUUAUUGCAGCUGCAGGUGUUCCUGAGCUGAUCACAGCAGAUAUGGUGAAAGAAGGUGCAGCAGUCAUUGAUGUGGGUAUAAAUCGCAUCAAGGAUCCAAACACAGGAAAACUUCGGCUCAUUGGUGAUGUGGACUUUGAGGGAGUGAAGGAGAGAGCAGGUUUCAUCACACCUGUCCCCGGAGGGGUGGGUCCAAUGACGGUCGCCAUGCUGAUGAAGAACACUGUGACUGCUGCCAGAAACGCACUGAUGCAUUAAACACACACACACACACACACACACACACACACACACACACACACACACACACACACACACACACACACACACACACACACACACACGCACACCUACAUAACUACACCUACACACACACACACACACACGUGCACACACAGUAUAAAGAUAUUUAUUUUAACAAGGGCAGACAUCAUGCAGACAUGCAGGUAUAGAUGCAUACAUUUAUAUAGGCACCCGCACAGGCAGACCACCUGCCAAACAUCUAACACAGUUUUAUUUGAACAUCUGUGAACUCAAGACUCAAUACCUGCUGGGAAAUCUACUUGAUAUGUAUUGCGUUUAUAAUAUUUAUUUAUUCAUUUAUUUAUUAAGUUAUUUAUUUCAGCUUUCACUUUUUAAGAAUUUAUAUUAAUAUUUUUUCUACUGAUGUAAGUUUGGUUCAUUUUGAGCAUAAUGAAAUAAAAACAUUUCAGUGCCAAA